AAAAACAAAACAUUUAAUUAUUUUGCUAUAGCCUCAAUAUUUUAUUUUACCGUUAAAAAAAAAAACGUUCUGAUUAUCUUAAAAACGGCCAUGACUAUAAACAGGAUUAGAUAAUAUUUCGGAUAUGCGAAAGAAAUACAAAUCAGCAUGAAUGCGAAAAUAAUAUAAUUAUAUAUUCAUUGUAAACAAAUGUUGUGGUGCAAGCACCCAAUAGUUGUGGUACACGUAUUUCGAAGGUUCGCGCAACUAGAAAUAUCGAAAAUUUAUUCACAAUAUAACUUUUCAGAUGCUGCAAACAACAUAAAAAUCUAUACGAAACAAUUUAGCCCAGAAAUCUUUGAUGACAAACAUUUUUCAUUCAAAUUUUAAUUUAUCAAAAUUUCUUAAAAAGAAUGUCAUAUUCCCCUUUCCAAUCAACAGAAACUGGCAAUUGGACGGACUUACCUCUGCAUUGUGUGCUUUAUGAAUGGUUAACAAAAAACAUGAAUUUGCCUAACGACUACGGUACGAUCAUUGCCUACAUUGGAUUAUUCCUUAUAACAUGGUAUACAAUAAUAUGGGCAGUUCGCUUAGUAAUGGCGGUUAUUUGGCCAUUAUUUAUUAUAGCUUCUGCAAUUGUUGUAUUUCGAAUAUUACAGUUCUAUGAUCCCGAAGAAAUCACUACAAUUAUGAUGAAGUCGUUCAGUAUUAUUGCAGAUACAUUGGUAAUGGUUUUAGCUAAACUUCUUGAAUUUGCAUUUGAUAUAUUCGAUUAAAUGGAAUCAUACUUCAAAGCAUUAGACAUAAAAUGAAGCGAAAAAUUCCACAAUAUAGCAAGAUCAAAGUUGCUGUGAAAGAAAAUUAUUAAAAAUAAUGAAUAAUAAAAAAGUCAGAGAAACUAUAAAAAUUGUAUAUCAAAC